GAAGCUUGGCGCAGCUGACAGGACUGCCUGAACAGCCAUUAGCCGAAGCGAGGGCCGCUGAGAGUUAAAAUUGUUUAAUCAAAAACUUCAUAUUGUAAAUUUGAACUGCUAAAGAAAAAACUAUAGACUUUGAUAUUGAAGGAAAUGAAGAGAACCAUCACUGAAAAUUCAACUCGAAGUACAGCAGGCUGUUUGCCUGUACCGUUGUUCAAUCAGAAAAAGAGGACCAGACAACCAUUAACUUCUAAUCCACUUCAAAAUGAUCCAGGUAUCAGCACUCUUUCUGAGAGUUAUGAUUUCCCCCCUCUGCCAACAGAUUGGGCCUGGGAAGCUAUGAAUCCAGAGUUGGCUCCUUUAAAGAAAACAAUGAACACAGGGCAAAUACCACAUUCAAUUUCUCAUCCCCUGAGAAGUCAAGAUUCUGUGUCUAAAUCUAUAAUAUCAAAUACUGAAAGAAGCCAGGGCGAUUGGAGAGAUGGCAACAAAAAUACCACCUUGAAAACUUGGAAUAAGAAUGAUUUUAAGCCCCAGUGUCAAAGAACAAACCUAGUGGCAAAUGAUGGAAUAAAUUCUUAUCCAAUGAGUUUGAGAGCUCAACAACAAAAACAAUUAAGAAUAUCUGACCCUCCUAACUUAUCUCACCACAAUGAAGUACUUAGACAAACAUAUUCAUCAAAAACACCUGGCUCCACAAUGAGUGGUCUAGACAAAAGUAACAAAAGCAGUGCAUUACAGGCAUUUAAGCCCAGUUUUCAACAAAAUCAAUUUAAGAAAAAGAUGUUGGAUGGUUUCCCAGAAGAAAACACUUUCAAGGAAGUCUCAUUUUAUCAGUUACAGUUUAAAGAAAAAGGAAAUUCUUUACGAAUUAUUUCUGCAGUUAUUGAAAGCAUGAAGUAUUGGUGUGAACAUGCACAGAAAACUGUAUUGCUUUUUGAAAUAUUGGCUGUUCUUGAUUCAGCUGUUACACCUGGUCCAUAUCAUUCAAAGACUUUUCUUAUGAGAGAUGGAAAAAAUACACUGCCUUGUAUAUUUUAUGAAAUUGAUCGUGAACUUCCAAGACUCAUUAGAGGUCGAGUUCAUAGGUGUGUUGGAAACUAUGAUCAGAAAAAGAAUAUUUUCAAAUGUGUUUCUGUCAGACCGGCAUCUGUUUCUGAACAAAAAACUUUUCAAGCAUUUGUUAAAAUUGUAGAUGCUGAGAUGAGGUAUUAUACUAAAGUAAUGAAUGAAAUUUAGAUAGUUGUAAAGGAAGUUUAAGAGGCAUAAAUGGCAGCACUUUUCUGUUAUUGUUUAAUAUACCGUCUUCAUGGUUUUACAGCUACUGUUUUCUAUGUAUUUGUUGAAUUAAAUAUUUAAAUCCUGUUGGAGAUUACCCUGUGUGAUGAUCGCCCAGAUCUGCUGGAAAACCCCUUGAGUAACCUGGCACACUGGGCCCUCAAGGACAGAAGACUUUCCUAGAGAAGCAAGCCAAGUACUACUGGGCUAAUGUGCCCUCUGUCCUACAUAAUAGUUCUUACAUACUAUCCUUUGUGUUUACAAGUAAAUCUUUAGCUUCCUUCUUAAAGAUGUUCUUGGUUGUGUAGAAGACUGGCUGUUUGUAUGUUCAUCCUUUCCUGUCCACUGUACAUUUAUAGAAUUUUCCAUCAUAAAUAUAUACAGUUAAGGUUGCUGAGAAAAGGUCACUUAUCUACUUCAAAGUACUUUAUUGUUUGUAACCUGAUCUUCACACAAUAAAUA